CAAAGAUGGUGGGCGCGUUUGUCUCGCGGUGGUGACGCGCUGCGUCGGCAGCACGACCUGAACAUUAACCGUUUAGGUUUGAAUCGGGAGGGCGCGGGGUCCUUGUUUUCCGUCAUGGCGGCCAUCCGCUAACCGUGUCGGAGGCACCCUGAGUCUCAUCACGAGGAACAAAGUAUUACAACCAGGAAAUGGACUGUGAUCCCCAGGUGUUGAACGGGUCAAUGUUUAAUGAUUUCAGCAAGUUUGAAGAUUGGGAAGAGAGAGACUUGGAGGGGGCAGACGUGAAGGAUAUGAGAGUGGAAGCUGAGGCAGUGGUCAAUGAUGUCAACUUUGCUGUUAACCACAUGGCUGUCUCAAAAAUGCUCCCAAUAAGAGAAGAUGUUGCCUUCAUUAACGUAGAAACAAAAGAAAGAAACCGAUACUGCCUUGAGCUGACAGAAGCAGGACUUCGGGUGGUAGCUCAUGGUUUUGACCAGGUUGAUGAGUCAUUGUCGAUGCAGUAUCAUGAAACAAUAUACUCCCUCUUAGAGUCGCUCAGCCCUGCGUAUCGUGAUGCCUUUGGGAAUGCACUUCUCCAGAGACUAGAAGCAUUAAAAAAUGCACAGGAGUAAGCAACCCUGUGUACAGCUUGUUUUGACUAUCCGUUUCUCACUGUGAUUUCUUUAGGUACACAAACUUCAUGACCAAAGGCUGCAUGCACUCUGCAGAAAGUUUACAAGUGGUUUGUUCUCUUCUGUGCUCAUGCAGUGUUACCGUUAGUUACUUACAGCCUUUGUAAGUGCUCUUGUUGAAUCAGAGCUGGAAAAUGGAACAGAUCCUUUAAGAAUGGGUUGUUCUUUGUGAUUGCUAUGCAAGCAAUGAUUAAAGAGAAAAGAGCAGUGGGGAGUUUCAAAGUUGAGCAGAAACCAAUGACCAGUAUUUAGUUACAUCACCAAGCAUUUGAUAGCCUUUCUCAUCUCCCAAAUUUGUUAUUAAAAUGUAGUUUAAAUUUUCAUGUAGUCUUUUGAGUUGUUAACAUGCUUUAAUUUCUGAACUUGAAGUAAAUCCUGUGAUUGUUUAUCGCAGAUUCCAAGUUGAUGAAAAAAUCCAACUUCAAUUGUUAAUGUGCACAAAAUAAAAUAAAAUAAAAUAUUUUGGCCACGGCCUUGCUGUUUCUGUGCUGAACCGACAUG